UCCCACGAACAGUCAAGUCACCUUUCCCAUUGCAAUCAAUGAUUUCAAGAACUUGAAUACCCAGAAACCAAUCAAAAUCACAUUUUUUUUCACUUGAAAUUUUCAGAGCUUAUCUUCUGUGGUAGUACUUUCCCAUGGUCUUGUUUUUUUUUUUUUAGCAAUUCUUGAAAACUAUGACAAAGCUCAAGAAUUGCUUGAAGAGUCUGCUGAAGCCUUUCAAGUUCAAUUCAAGCAAAGAGAGACUCGGAGAGGAGGACAUGGAGACUAUUGCUGCACGGGAACAGAAACAGUUUUCAUUUGAAACUCUGGUCUUUGCUACCAAAGAUUUCCACCCAACUCACAAGCUUGGUGAAGGUGGAUUUGGACCUGUAUACAAGGGGAAGUUGGAUGAUGGGAGAGAGAUUGCAGUGAAGAAGUUGUCCCAUAGCUCAAAUCAGGGGAAGAAAGAAUUCACGAAUGAGGCCAAGCUAUUAUCACGUGUCCAGCACCGAAAUGUUGUGAAUUUGUUAGGAUAUUGUGCACAUGGUGUGGAAAAGCUACUGGUUUAUGAGUAUGUUGCUAAUGAGAGCCUUGACAAGCUUCUGUUCAAAUCUGAUAAAAGACAACUGCUUGAUUGGAAUCGGAGAUAUGAUAUACUAAUUGGCAUUGCACGGGGUUUGCUUUACCUUCAUGAGGAUUCACACAAUUGCAUCAUCCACCGUGACAUCAAGGCAAGCAAUAUUUUACUGGAUGAUAAAUGGGUUCCUAAGAUUGCUGAUUUUGGCAUGGCCCGUCUCUUCCCUGAAGAUCAAACACAUGUCAACACCCGUGUUGCUGGUACCAAUGGGUAUAUGGCUCCAGAGUAUGUCAUGCAUGGACAUUUAUCAGUGAAGGCAGAUGUCUUUAGCUUUGGGGUUUUGGUUCUGGAGCUGAUCAGUGGCCAGAGAAAUUCAACAUUUAGUCAACAGCAUGCUGAUGCACAGAAUCUACUUGAUUGGGCAUACAAGCUUCACAAAAAAAAUAGGAGUCUGGAGAUUAUGGACCCAGUACUAGCAUCCUCAGCAGCUGCUGAACAAGUAAAAAGUUGUGUUCAUUUAGGGCUGCUAUGCACACAAGGUGACCCACAGUUACGGCCAGAUAUGCGGCGUAUUGUUGUCCUGUUGUCAAAGAAAACUUGCAGUCUAGAAGAACCAACCAGACCUGGAGUUCCUGGUUCUAGAUAUAGGAGAGCUCGUAGACCAGCAGCAAUGUCUUCGACUGCUGGAACAUCCGAUACUGCUAGAACAUUUGGUGAAUCUGAUUCCCGUACAUUUGAUUCGAGUUCAAAUACUAAUACUGCCACUGCAUCUACCUCAGCUCAUGCAAUCCCCAGAUUAGAUCCUCAUGGUAAACGUCCAAUUGAAAGCUAAGCAAAUUCGAAUAUGAUUUUUUUUAUUAUUAUUCUUUUUGUAGCAUAGAGGUAUAAAAUUGAGUCUUUUACUGUGUAAAUAUUAACGGAAAAUUAGUGGUUAAAUAGAAGCAAUUGUGGAACCUCAA